AUGACAAUUUGUCUUUUAAAUCCUUUUAAUACUUCAAAUACAAAAAUGAUGCAUAAAGAAAAAUCAUGUAAAUUGAAUCAAGCUUCUAUAUUAUCAUCGUCAAAAAUUCAAAAUUUAAAUAAAAUUUCACCUGAUAAUUAUUCGAUUGAGAAUGUCGAAAUAAGAAAUUCCGUUAUGAAAUUUAAUGAAAAAGAUAUUAAUCGAUUAGAUAUUCAACAUCAUCUAUUUCGAAUAAUUUGGAAUGGUAAUUUUUCGGUUCCUAUGCAACAUCAACUUUCUAGAGGAAGAGUUAAAGUGCUUGAAGUUGGAUCAUGUCCGUCAGUAUGGACAUUAGAUAUGGCAUCGGAAUAUCCUUCUUCAACAUUCAUAGGCAUCGAAAACGUUUCCGCCAUAACAGCUGCUUCUUACUCUAAAUUAACCUCAUAUUAUUCUUCAAAACUUUCCGAACCACGUAAUGCUGCCGUUUUACAAAUGACUUCAACGCCCACAAGUCUUCCAUUUCCUGACGAAACUUUCGAUCUUGUAUAUCAUAAAUCAUCACUCAUAAGUCCAUCAUCGCAAUCUUUACAUAAUCCUUUUAACACAUUAAAUCAACUUUUAAGAGUUUUAAAAACUGGAGGAUGGAUGGAAUUUAUGAUAAUUGAAAAACAAUGGUACAAUCUUGGUCCAAUAACUGAAUACGUGAAAAAUUCAUAUGUUGAAUUCUUAUCAUCGUCUGGCAUUAAUUAUAUUGAAUAUUCGUAUUUUGAACGAUACUUAAUUUCAAGGAAAGAUAUUUCGUGCAUACGGAAACAAACUAGAGAAACUCCUAUGGGAAGUUAUGGUGGAAGAGUUAGUGAAUUCUUGGGUGAAAUUUUACUUAAUCCUAUUAUACUUAAUAAACAUAAUCUAUGUUUACGAAUGAAAAUUUCUGAAAGAAAAUUUGACGAAUUAAUUAAUAUGAUGAUAAAAGAAAUAAAUCAAUAUAAAACAUAUUCAAAUGUAGCUACAUAUACUACCGGAGAGGUAUUGUUGAAUAGCUUCCAAAAUUGCGUUGGGCCGAAUGGUGUCUACAACGAGUCCUGUAAGCUUGUGUACCUUGAAAAAGACAUAAAACCCGCCGAUACGCUUGAAGAACUGGGAAUCAAGGAAGGAGAUUUAGUUGAGGCAGUAACGAGCGAAUGUAAAAAUCCAAUUUCUCUAACAAAGUUUGAAUCAACACCAACUGAAGCAAGGAGUUCAAUGCUAAUCUAUGUAAAAACACAUACCGGAAUAACAAAACUGAAAGUACAUUGGAGUGACACUAUCAUUCAGAUUAAAGAGAUGAUUCAGGAUUUAGAAGGCAUUUCCUUCGACAAACAUUGUAUUAUUUUUGAUGACAUUGAAUUAGAAGAUCAUUAUACCCUCUCAUAUUACAAUAUCCGGAAAGAGUCCACGUUGCAUCUAAGAUCUAUAGAACUGCUUAUCUACGUGAAAACAGAGACUGGAGAAAUCAUAAAGCUUGAAUCAACGGAAAAUGAUUUCAUAUCCCAAGUUAAAUUAAUGAACCAGGAUAAAAAGGGUAUUCACCCUGAUUUACAACGUAUUACUUUCAACAAUGUUGAAUUACAAGACUACUGUACCCUAUUAUAUUAUAAAAUCAGUAAAAAUGCCAUACUUUAUUUAAACAUUAAAUCAAUGAUUCAAGUGAAAUUUAAGACCGGAAAAAUCAUAAAUCUGAUAACAAUGGCAAACGAAACAGUUAAACAAAUCAAACAAAAGAUCAAGGAUGAAGAAGAUACCCCUCCCAGCCAACAACGUCUUAUUUUUGCUGAUAAUGAAUUACAUGACCAGAAUACUUUGUCAUAUUAUAAUAUUCGAAGGGGGUCUACAGUGCAUUUAGAAUAUAAAGAAAUAAAGUUAUAUGUGAUAAUAAUGAACGAAAAAAUCAUAGAGCUAAAAACAAGGGGAGAUCAUGAAAUCAAAACGGUUAAACAAAUGAUUCAGGAUAAAGAAGGUAUCCCUUCUGAUCAACAAUAUCUUGUUUUUGAUGGGCUAGUAAUGCAUGACCAUUAUCUCGUUUCGUAUUACAAAAUCAAAGAGGAGUAUACAUUGCAUCUAGAAUAUAAAACAAUAAUGAUAUAUAUAAAAUUGAGGAGCGGAAAAACCAUAAAGCUAGAUGUAGAGAGAGAUUACACCAUCGGACAGGUCAAACAAUUAAUUCAGGAUAAAGAAGGCAUCCCUUCUGAUCGACAUUGUUUAUAUUUAGAUAAAAAUUCGCCUAACAUUCAGUAUGGCUUGAGACUGUAUAACUGGGACUCUUUAUCACGGAAAAAUAUUAAUAAUGAGUCCAUAUUGCUUCUACAUCAACAAUUUCUAUUUUCCGGUCAGGUAUUUGUGAAAACACUAACUGGAAAAACAUUAACAUUGGAGACGGCUUCGAGUGAUACAAUUGACAAACUUAAAUGUAAGAUUUAUGACAAAGAAGGAAUUCCUCCUGAUCAACAACGCCUUAUUUUUGCUGGCACGCAAUUAGAAGAAGGACGUACCUUGUCAGAUUAUUAUAUCCAAAAAGAGUGCACAAUUCAUCUUGUACUUAGACUACGUGGAGGAAUGUUUGUAGAAACCAGUGGCCGCAAAGAAUUUGAUGCAUUGCCAGCACUCACGCAAUAUAUGUUAACACCAGAAGAACGUCUACAAAAUGGAAUCCAUGCUGGUAUUACUUGUAAUUAUUGUGGUAAAAGUGAAUGGAAAGGAACGAGAUUUAAAUGUUCGGAAUGUCCCGAUUAUGACUUGUGCUUUAAUUGUAUUAAAACGUCCAACUUGCUUCAUAAUGUGCAACAUCAUUUUCUGAAAAUCUUGAAUCCCUUAGACCCGAAAGAGUUUCCAAAAGGUCCCCCUGUUGCCUCUGUUACUAUCUCCCCAAUACUACCAGACACGAAAGAGAAAUUGUUAACUCUCCUACGUGAAGAAGAGCGUCGGAGGUUGUCACCUGAAAUACAAAAAAAGUAUUAUGAAGUUGGGAAUGAUCCAACGUGUGGCAAAGACUGGAUGGAUGUUACUGAUGAGAUGCAGCAUGAAUUAGUUCGAGAGUUUGGAUACUCGGAUGAAGCAGUACAAUUAUUGCGGCGUGCACCACAACUUUAUCCAGAUGAUCCUGAAUUCCGUACAACUCAAGUAUAUGUUCGCAACAAUAUUGCUAAUAUUGGAAAUCUUACUGAAGGAAUACAAGCACCUGAUUGUCCAUUGGUUCCUCUAGAACCUUCAAUGUUUACAGCAAUAAUUGGUAACACUAAUACUACUUCGCCAGCCUUAGUCUCUUUACGUUCACUUUGUAAAUCAGGACGGCCUCUCGUUCUUCUUGGUGGAUCAUAUACUUGUCCUUUAUACCGAUACAUAUCUCAUGUGCUUAAUGAUAUAUAUAUUCGAUACAAAUCACAAGUAGAUUUUUAUAUGAUUCAAAUUCGAGAAGCACAUGCCUCUGAUGUUUGGCCCAUUGGUAAUAUUGUAGAUGUUAAGGAGCAUCGCACAUUAUCUGAUCGUUUAGCUGCUGCUCGUGAAAUGGUUAAAGAAACCCAGUUAGAAAUUCCUGUACUAGCAGAUACAAUGGAUGAUACUUUCUUAAAAUUGUACUCACCAUGGCCAUUCCGUUUUUUGUCGUUGUGGAUGGUAUUUUAAAACUUGUUGGAAUGCCAAAAGAAGCACGUUACGAUACAACAGAUCUAGUCGAAUGUUUGAAUAAUAUUUGCGACAUAAAGGACGAUUUUUCUUGUUGACUUAGUCGGAAAUCAAAAGUAUCCGAUAUUUGUAAUUUUAUAUUUAUACAAAAUAAAUUAAUUAAUAAAUUAUUCCAAAAAUAAAAAUCUCAUUAAAAAAUAUGU